UAUUCUGAUUCCGGUCGUCAGCCAUUCACUUCCUUCGCUGGUCGCUCGUUAGCCGUGUGGACGAAUCGAUCGUCGCUUGCUGACACAGCCUGGAUGUCUGCCAUUUCAAGUGUCUUAUUUCUGAUUUUCGCAUAAUAUUAAAUGUUUUCAUUUAAAAUACUAGGAGUAAAAGAAUAAGGCAUAAAAUAUUAUGAGAAUAAGUCUAUUUUUAGAUGAUAAACGUAAUCAUCCUCAAGCAAUAAAAUAAUCACCAAUGUGAUUAGAAACUACAAAUUUUAUAAUAGUGGAACAAUAUUUUCACAAACUGAUGUUAUUGACUAAAAUUUAAAGUGGUUUUCCUUUGUGCAACAAUAUGUACAUUUAUAACGACGUAAUGAGCCGCCAUGUUGUAUUACGACCUUAGGGCGUGGCACAAGAUGCUCUGCUGUCCUCGUGUUAUAUUUUGAAGUACUGUAGAUAAACCAUGCCUCGUAUUGAUCCAAUACAAUUACUCAACUGCCUUAGCGUACUACUCUCCCCUCAUGGAGGCAUCAAAAGCAGGGAUGAAGUGCAAAGGCUUGCCCACCUGAUGACUAAAUUUUCCAAGAAGUUGGUGUCUAAGUGCAUUUAUGUUCAAAUUCUCAAAUGCACAGAAACUGAUUUGCUUGGUUUAUUUAUGGGAUCUGGUGGUUGGAUGUUGGUACACACCUGGCUUACUGAAAGUAUAGUUAUUAAAAACUGGCCGCUAGUACGGGAAUUAUUGGAAUUACUUUUAUUGUGCCCUGUUGAUAUUGAACGACUAAAAACAAACAACUGUCCGAAACUUGUUAAAGAACUAUCAAAGGACGGAAAUCACUUUGCUAUCAGGGCCCUAGCAUCAAAACUAGUUGAACAAUGGCUAAAAAUUGUAAAGGGUGAACGGGUUGUUCCUGUAUCAUUAGGAGAUUUAUCAUACAUAAUAUCUGAAGCCAAAAUUGAAGAUAAUUCUGAAACAGCUGAAAAACAUGAAAGUUGUUCCGAACAAAUAAAUAUUCAAGGCAGUUUGAACAAUUCAGAAACGAAAAUCAAAAUUGAAGAGAAUUCCCAAUCAGAAGUAGAAAAUGAGAUUCAAAUUUCUGACGAAGACAAAGUUGGGCUUGAAAGCAGAAAUAAUGCUGAAUCUCCUCAAGAAACGGAAGGAAUCUUAGUGUUAAAAUUUAGUUUAAAAGAUGGAAAACAAAUAGUGUCAACAAAAGUGGAUGAUAAUGAAAAAUUUUCGGAUACAUCGGAUACCGAAAAAUCAAAAGAUAAACAUAAGAGUAGAAGUAAAGAAAAAAGUAAUAGUAGUAGUAGCAGUAGCUCUAAGUCUAGUUCCAAACAUUCAAGUAGAAGUUCUUCAAGUGAUAAGCAUAAAAGUAGCCACAGAAGCAGUAGCAGCUCUAGUCGGCAUAACAGUAAAGAUAAGAAAAAAGAUAAAAGUUCACAUAGUUCUAAGUCUAAAAGUGAUAGUAGUAGGAAAUCUAGUGAUAAAUCUAGCUCCUCUGGUGUUAAAUUGAAAGAUGAGAGAAGUUCUAAAUCUUCAGAUAAAGAUAAAAAAGAGAAAGAAAACAAAGAAAAAAAUGAUAAAAACAAAGUAAAGUCAAUAGAAAAAUCUGAAAAUAAACCUCAAGUUCCUUCAAUACACAAAUUAGGUAAAAUUCCAAAACUAAGCGAUGUUAAAAGGGAGAAACCUUCGAUAUCUAUAGAAGUGAGAAAACCUGAUGAACCAAAACCAAAAACAGUUAAAACUUUCCAUUCAAAAUUUAGGAAACAUGGCCUUGAAGAAGAAGUUAAACCACCGCCUUCUAGGGCUUCUCUAUUGAGUAAAAAAGUUCCACCUGCAUUGCCGCCUACGGUUGCAAUUCCGAAGCGACCGUCGCCUGUUCAUACCGAUUCUCCACCGGAGAAGAAGCACAAACCGACAGAAAUUGUUGAAAAACCUGGAUCUAUAAAAUUAAUACCCCCUAAACCGAAACGUGAGUAUAUUUUAAAUAAUGAUUUAUUCAUGAAUAAUGUAAAUUUUUUACCUAUUUUUGCAGGUUCUCUACGAUGUUUGCUACUAAUAUUAAUUUCCUCAAGUGGAUAUAAUAAUCGUUCAGAUUUCGAUUUCUUCGGCGCUAUGAUGUUAUUGGAGAGCGAUAUGUUUAUGGAUGCUUUAAACGCUUCGGCUACUAAUAAAAAAGAACCUAAGAAGCGGAAACGACGCACCAGUGGGUCCAAAGAUGGUAAUGCACCCGGCGACGGAUCGCCUCCACAUACACCAACAACGCUUAAUAGCCCAAAUAGUGAAAAUAAAUCAGUGCCACCUAGAUUUUACCAAGACACUCUUGAAGCGGAAGAAAGCAAAGAAAAAGCUCAAGACAGGAAUUCGGACACCAAUGAAACUUUAGAUGAUAGUGUUAAUGAUAAAGAAACAGAAGAAAAAAUAAACGUUCCCGAACCUCAUACAUUGACAGUAAAUGGAUUAAAAGGUGUUUUAUGUUACCAUAAGAAGAAAGGUCCUAAAAAAAGUAUAAAGUGGAAACCAGAUUCCGAAUUAGAAGAAAUACAAUACUUUGAGCUCGAUGAAACGGAAAGGGUUAACGUUACUAAGACGUCAUUUACUGAUAUGAAAUACUUAGAAAGGAUUAAUGAAAGAGAAGCUUUCCAAAAAGCUAGAAAUCUUAGUAAUGACGACAUAAUGGAAGAAAAAACAAAUUGGAGACCUUUGAUUCUCGUUGAUGUUGAAGGUCAGCUCCAAGUAGAAUACGGUAAAAACAGUAAAGAAAAAGAUAUACAAGCUAUUCGCCAAAAAGGUACUUUACAGCCUUUAUAUUUCCAUAAAUCAAUGAUUCCCGAUACACCAUUCGAGCCAGAUCCCGAAACUCAUCAAUAUUCUGAGCCAACUAUAAUACCUUUAGAAGAUGCAACGGGUAAUCAAGAUAACAUAAGUGAUUUCCGCAAUAUGCCUUGGCCCGAACCUAAGGGCAAUGCACCCCCCGCGACAACAAAUAUAAGUGUACCACCUAUGUUUCCAAAUAACAUAUCACAGUUUCCAAACAACUUUCCUAAUCCACAGUUUCCAGGCGUCCCUGGAUUCCAAGGGCCAAAUAUUGUACCGGGAGAAUGGCAAAAUGGGAUGACACCUCCAAUGAUGCCAAAUGGUAUGCCUGGACCCAUGGUCCCAGCAAAUAUGGCUCCAAAUGUUAUUCCACCUGGAAAUAUGCCACCCAACAUUAUGAUGCCACCGGACAAUAUGAUGAUGGGCCCGGAAAUGUUCGGUCCGAACCAAAUGUAUCCAGGUCCACCCGAAAGCUUUAACAUGCAACAAAAUAUGUUCCCACUAGAUUUUAACAUGUCGGGACCACAGGGGCCAGACGGUUUUCCUGGUCCAGGAAAUUUUCGUGGGCCCAUGCGUGGCCGAGGUGCCGGGGGGUGGCGAGGUAAAGGACCGAAUAAUUGGGAUAAUGGCCAAAGAGGUAGAGGUGGAGCUCGUGGCGGACGAAAAGCUGUUUGUAUAUAUUUCCAGAGGAAAGGCUCUUGCCGCCAAGGUGACAAUUGUACAUUUUUGCAUCCUGGUGUAAAUUGUCCGUAUUAAGUUUUAUUCUGUAGGUAUUUAAUUUUAAAGCAAAUGUAUAUUUUUAUGUUUUUGUUACUAAUUUUAAGGCUAGAGUUGAAUACUCGAAAAGACUGGAUAUUGUACAUAAAUAGAUAAAGAUGUAAAUAUGUAAAAAAAAUAUUAUACAAUAUUAAAAUUAUAAAAAUACAGCCAUUAAAGGAGUUGUUUCUUAAAA